UCUAGACAGAUAUUCAAAUUUUAGACAGAUAUUAUUUUCAUUUUUUUUUCUCCGAUUUAUUUGAAAAAAGUAUAAAUGAUCUUUUCAAAAACAACAUGAACAAAGACAGUUCGAUGCGUUCGUGAAAUGGUUUGAUGAAUGUUACUGAGUACUGAGUGUUACGGGAAAGUAAAACUAAUUUAAUCUUCAAAGAGAAAUGAUAAAAGGACUCUAUAAACGCGAGAGGGAAAGGGUUUAUAGUCACAAAUAAUUGCGCACUUACUCCCAGGUAAGCAAUUACGGUAUGCUAUUUUUGCUGUGUCAGAAGGAAUCAAUAAGUAAGUUUCUGUAAUUCUCCGUACGGACAAGCGUCCACACGGAAUUGUUGAUAGCCCGUAAUAUUAGUGUCCCGCAAAAUGACAGACAAGAAAGACAUUUGGAAAAGUCGGUACUAUCUUAUCCUUAGAACUUAUAUGACCAUAUCAGGCUUAUGGCCGUACCGUAGUCUUCGCGAGAGAUGCAUACACUUUAUACCGACGUUUGCAUUGUGCUUCAGUAUUCUGAUACCCCAGUCAAUGUACGUGUUAAUUGCUUCGGAUAUUAAUGAAGUGAUAGAAGGUCUAACAUCAGCGUUAAUCAGUAUAGCAUUCAGCUGGAAAGUAAUGUGUAUAAUGUUUGACAAAAAUGUAAAGUCUUGUCUCAAAACAAUAAAGAAAGAUUGGUUGUCAUUAAAGACAGAUGUAGAAAGAUCUAUUCUGCAACGCCAUGUCGAAUACGGACGAUAUCUAACGACAUCUUAUGCAGUUUUCAUGCAUACGAUACAAGUUUCUUACAUACUGAAGCCAUUCCUGCUGACGCUCUUAGAAAUCAAUACGACAAAUUCUACUAAGACGUCUGCAUCCAAAUUGCCAUUUCACGUCGAAUACGGUGUGGACGCAGAUCAAUAUUUCUACCCAAUAGCGAUUCACUGUUAUCUAGCUAUAUUCGCUCACAUAUUUAGUACAAUCGCGAUAGACUCCUUGUAUUGUACACUGAUUCAGCAUGCCUGUGGGAUGUUCUCCAUUAUUGGACACGUGCUAGAGGAUAUUGGUAAAAACAAUAACGCUAAUUUUUCUUUGAAUCUAAACAAGAUAAGUGACGAUGACUACAAGAAGACAUUGGAUUGCUUACGUAAACACUUGCAAGUAUUGCAAUUUACGGAUUUAAUCGAGUCUACGUUCACAAAAAUACUUUUUGUCAGCGUUAAUCUGAAUGUGAUUUGUGGAAGUGUAACCGGUAUAGCGAUGAUAAUGAAUUUAAACAAAGGUAUUCACGAAAUAGCAGCACCUUUGUCUGUUUACGUCGCGCAACUCGUUCAUAUCUUUUUACAAUUCUGGCAAGCACAGUUUUUGUUAGAUUACAGUAUUGUUCCAUGUGAAUCUAUUUGCAGAGCAAAUUGGUAUUUUACUUCGAAGAGAUGUCAAAAGCUUUUUCUAUUAAUUAUGACUAGAACUGUAACACCGUGCAGAAUAACUGCCGGCAAAAUUGUUACUUUAUCAAUCGAAAGCUUUGGUUCGGUUCUGAAAACGAUGAUGUCUUAUUUUACGAUGCUACGCUCCUUCCAGUGAUAAUGCAUCACAUUGAAGUAACCAAAUAUAAUUAACGAUACGUUAACAUAAAAUUAUGUAUAAAAUUUUGGUUCGUAUUUAUUCAAGUGUCAGUUUUUUCAUUAUAAUAUAACUAAAGUUAAAUGAAAUUAAAUGAAUUAAGUUUCUAUAAAUUUUAAAAUUUACAUCUAAUCGCAUAUACAUGUUAAUCUUCUUCGUUAGUAUUUUUUAUAAGCGAUAUCUCGUUUUAUGCAAAAAUUAUGUUACAUAGCAUAUAACAGUAUCUCAUAUUCCCCUAUUUUUUGUUUUUACAUGCUUGAUCUAAAUGUUUUAAAAAAACUUACAAGUGUUUUAGAAAAUAAAAUAUAAAAAAUAUCCGA